UCGGAGGGAGGCGAGAGAGAGAGAGAGAGAGAGAAUACUGAGCAGUGACAAGGAGAAGAUCGGAUUGCAUGUUGCAAACAGAGACAGAAGAAGACAGCAAACCCGCCUCCCCCCAGAGUCCGCACCUGAGCACGGUCCAAGGUUCGGCAGAAACACAAGUGAAGACGCAACAAAAGCCGCAAAUGGUGAGAAAAAUGCUCCAAAAAGGAACAGGUCCAGAAGCAAAGGAACAAACACAGCCAGCAAUAGCAACAGCAACAGCAACAUGGGAAUGCGACAAAUGCUUAGUCAGAAUGAUCACCUGAAUCUUCAGAGUCCGACGACCCGCUCUCGCCGCUCGAGCUCGAAUCGAAUCCCAUGCCCUUGGCGCGCCCAGAGCCGCUCCGGUCGUACUGCCGGGUCGAGUCCAGCCGCUUCAGCUUCUCGUCCAGCUGGUUGAUACGCCGUUGCACCGCCUCGUCCGGCCGCGGGUGCGCCGAUGGCUGCACCGGUGCCGCCAGCGCCGACUGGUUGCUGCUGCUGGUGCCAUUGUUGCCAGCUCGCCGCUCCGCAUGCUGCGCGUUGUUGCGCUGGAUUGCUUCGCGCGCCGCCUCCUCGCGGCUCAGCACCACGUACUCGUACAGCUUGCGCAGCGUGAAGUGGUCCAGCGUGUCAAUGUCCAGCUCAAUCUCCUCCUCGUCUUCGUUCAGAUCCGGGUACGCCGACUUGAUAAUCAUCAGCGCUACCCGCAGACGGUUCGGGUCCAGCUCCUCGAUCCGCCCGCUCAGCGCCCGCUUCUGGUCCAGCGUCAGCUCCAGCGACUCAAUGCUGCCACGACGGCGGCGCCCGCGCCCGCGUCCCGAACCACCAGUUGGAGGCGCGCUGUACAGAGCGUCCUCCAUUCCUGCAAACUCCUCGCGGGUCAUGCCUGCCGCUGCUCCGCGCGCUCCGCGCCCACGCGAUCCACGGCGCCUGCCAGGCGUGCCGCGUCCACGGCCCGAGCCAGCAACGCCCAUGGGAGCAGUCGAUGAGAUUGGUGACGUCGCAUUCGAGCCGACUCGCCGAUGCGACAUCGAGGUAGGCGGUGCCGACAGAGGCGGCGGCGGAGAUCGGGUUGCCGACCGCGCUGAGCCGACACUGGGACGCCGCGGGGUGCCGCCGCUGACGCCGCCGUACGACGGCCGCCGCUUUGUGCCUUCAGACCGCUUCAGCUCCUCCAGCUGCCGCGCCAUGCUCUGCACCUUGAGCUCCAGGCUGCGGAUCUCGUCUGUCUGCGACGACUGGCUACGCGCAUCAAUGUCGAUCUCGUCGUCGAGAGUGUACACAUGCUUGUCAAACUCGUCCUCGCCGCCGACUGGAGGCGAGUGUGACCGCGAGAAAGGACUGCGAAUGUGCAAUGGCCGUGCCGCCACUGACAGAGAACGAGGGCGGGAGAGGCGGUGGUGCGCCUGCCGACGGGUGCGGCGCCGGUGACUGGCUAGCACGGGCCGAGCUUGCUACCGGCAGCUCGGUCCACUUUUGGUCGAACCGAGCCUCCAGUGCCCGUCCUGCCUCAUGCACGGGGUGUCCGGGCGGGUUGUAUGUGUAGCAGUUGCGGAACAUAAGGCGCAUAUCAGAAUCAAAGUCGAGCGCGUUCUGGUACGCACCGCGCUCCAGCUUCUUCUUCAUCGUCGUCAGAUCCAUCGGCUGCUUGAUAAUGUCAAAGUAGUCGGGGCAGUUCAUGGCCACCGGGUCGACGGGCUCCAAG